AUGGCGUCAGAGGAAGCAGCUAGUAGCAAGCAAGAUGAAAUAGUAAUGGUUGAUUCAACGACUCAGACCGAUUAUUUGAAGAAGUCUUACGAGAAAAGUCAUCUGCGCGUCAGUAAAGACACACUUUACAUGAUCAUUGCGCUGUGGAUCGAAGAUUUUGUCGACGACGACGAAGCUCCAGAGAAGAGCAAACAGCACAACGUCGGAGCGGUGCUUGUGUCACCAAACGAUGUGAUUUUAACCGCUGAUUGUUCACGAGAUGAGGUCCACGCUGCCGCCAGACUGUUGAUCAAACACAGCGGAAAAACCGAGGGUUGUAAGAUGUUUAUGUCUCGAAAGCCAUGCCCGUUGUGCGCGAAGCUUUUAGUUCAAUCCAAAGUGAAACGAGUUUUCUUCCUGCCGACCCGAGAACCAGAAUACUAUCGCUCGCCUGAAAAAGAUACCGCAUGUGCUCAGUCCCAAAACGAUAACACUGAUAAUGAUGAGAACAAAAAGAGAAUGAAAGAAGUCGAAAUAAUGUUCACCGCAAGCGCCAUUGCCCAGACAAAGUUCGUGUUGCGUGUCGAGAAGCCCGUCGGAGAUCUUGCGAAGGAAUUGACACCAGAUAAGAAAGUAGAGGAGCACAAACGUUCAUUGAUCGCCAAGUAUAUGCCUGAGAAAUGGGAUAAAGAAACCAUUAAAGAAUACCUUCCUUGGCCAUCUUACGAUGACAAGAUGCAUCGAGAAGUUCACAGCAACUUUGAAGACGUUAUGGAGUGGGUAGCAAGAGUUUUCGUCAUGAAAAAAAGAGAAUUGGAUAAGUUUAUAGACUGCACCGAAAAAGCUAAAGAUUCGAAAGACUUUAAUCCAGUCAGUAAUCCUGACCACAGAAAGAUAGCCAGACUCUUCCUAGAAAUAGCAAGACUCCUCGCUCAACGCACAGACGACCCGACUACUGGUGUUGGUGCGGUGAUCGUCAGUCAAGAAAUGGAAGUUCUCGCCUUUGGUUGGAAUGGUUACCCUUUCGGUGCACAAUAUGGCGAGUUUGCCAGAGCUUCUCAAAAAGAUAACCAAAACGUGCAAGACAAGACAACGAAGAUAAAACAACAAAGACAAGACAACAAAGUUAAAACAAAUCUGCCCGAAGAGAUUGAUGAGAAGUAUCCCUAUGUCAUUCACGCCGAGCAGAACGCUCUCCUGAUGCGGAAUUCGAAGAAUCUUAAAAAUUCAAUUCUGUUUGUUACAAGAUGUCCGUGCGAUGAAUGCACCCCCCUGCUUGCCAUGGAAGGAAUCCAGACAGUGAUUGCUGAUGAUGAUAUCAAGUUUCCAACAAGGACAACAGGCUAUGAAAUCUUCCCCGAAAUGGUAAAAGAUAACAAGUUCGUUUGUUACGAAACGACAAAGUCCCCUGACCCAAAGAACAUCCCCGCUAGUAGCGAAAAAAGGAAAAAUUUGCAAAAAAUAGAAUGA